GAAAAACAGGUAGAAAAUUCAAUCAACAAGAAACUAUAUGGCUUGGCGUUGUACCACUAAUAAAUGUGCCUUGUUUCAUCCCAGUAUUUUUAAUUGGUGUGUACUACAACGGGUUGCUGCUUAACGAUCUGGUAGCUGGAAUUUACCACCAAUCAUUUGUCCAGGUAACGACUUACGGUACUGUUAGGCACAUGCAAAACAUUUCCAUUCGACCGGCGCCGGGAAGUCCAUUCACGUGGGUUUCAAACACCCAAUUCAGACAAGUAAAAUAUAGUAAAUUUGACAAUCAGUACAGUGACCAGCAAAAUGUUUACGCGAAGUACGGUUCCUCCAGCCAUUCGGAACUUAGCAAUCAUCAAACGUAUCAUCUUGUGAUAGGUCAACCGCAGAUAUUUGGUACGCCAGUGCAUAUGGUCAAUUGGACUGCAAUCAAUCCGCCAUCAAGACAACAAACUUCAAAUAUAAUUGUGGUCAACAUAUGGCUUAUCUUCUGCUUAGCUGGUGCCGGAUGUGUGAUGUUCUGUUCAAUAAACCUGCUGGCGUUUCGACUACACAUGAGCUGCAAACGUUGUUCGUUACAACGUUCACAAAUUCCGAAACAUGACAUGGAAGCAUACAGUGAACGUUACCGAGAAACAGGAGAAAAAAAUUCACUGAAAUCGAAUUUAUCAUCUUUACAAAUGAAAGGAAUUAUACCACAAUUCUUCCAUCGUAUUGCAAGCUUAAACAACGCGUUUCAGAUAACACUGAUGCUAUUAUCUCAGCGUAUGUUGCGGGAACGAAACAUGGUUGUUCCCCGCUUGACCAUUCCACCAGUUCCACGAUGGCAAAGCUGA